AUGUCAGCGGAGGCGGAGGCGCUGGAGGCACGGCUGGAGUACGAGCAGCUGCUGUGCGAGCGGGAGUUCCUGCUGCGCGAGACGGAGGCCACAGCAUGCCUCACCGCCCGCGCCACCACUGCCCGCCAGAAUGCGGCGGAGACAGACGUCGGGCUGCUGCGCGCUUACCUGGAGGGGCGCCGGCGCGGGGACGCCCGGGCGUGCCGCGCGGCGGAGGACGGCAUGCGGGCGAAGCUGCAGGCGGCACAGCGGCGCGCGGAGGAGCUGCGCCACAUCCUCGCGGCGCUUCAGACGGAGGCGAUGGAUGUCAAGGGGAGGUGCGCAUCCCUCAUCAUGUGUGGCGCCGGCACCAGCGUCCCUUUUCUGUCUGUGUGA